UCCCAGAUGGGAAAUGGUCAGGUCCUGCUCUGACUUUCCACCUUCUGUGACAAGGAGAUGCAGGACUGAGCACAUCCCCCUCCUCCUCCAGCCCUUCCACAGCCUGGAGGGCUGGGAUGGGGCAGGACUGGCUCUGUCUUUUGCUGGGGAGCUGAGUGAGGAAGCGAUGCCUGAGGCUGUGCCAAGGCCUUGGGGCUGGAUAACACAGGGAAAUCAACAUCUUCCAUGUGCUAACACUUUCCAUCUCUACCAUCAAACUCAGCCAGCCAGGAACACCUCCACUCAUCCUUGGGAAGACUGUGCUGUGGGAAUCGAUGCUGUCUGCAGCCCUGGGGAGCAGCAGCUGAGCCUGGGGCUGGGACAUCUCCUGCCUGUGCCCUGGGGAUCUGCUGCUCCUAAGCCCUGGGUUUCAGUUCAGAUCUUGGGGUGUGGAGUGUGAGAAAAAAGCUGGUUUGCCAGAAGCUCUGAGGGGACAACAGUAGAGCCUGGUGAGACCUGGGAAAGGAACUCAGCCAUAUCUUGGGGUGCAGGAGCCUGCCAGAGCUGCCUGGUGUGGGGGGAGUGCUGGGGGUCCUGCAGCCUUGUGACAACUCUUUUUGGACCAAAUGGGUUUGGGGCUGCCAGAAGAGCCUUCAGCUUUGGAGAUGAGUGUUGUGCAAGAGGUGAACUUGGAAGAAAAUCAGCAAGCUCUGGAAAUACCCCUCAGGCUGGGAAGUUGUGGAGCCCCCCCCCCCGGGGCUGGUGCUCACAAGGGGCGGUUCCUACAGAGCUUAAGAAGGGCUGAGGAUGGGGCUGGCAGCCACCAGGAGACAUCCCCCAGCCCGUGGAGUUUGCUGCCUGGAAGGAGGGAAGAAAGGAAAACCAGCCCUUGCUGCUGUGCUGAGCCUGCCACUGGCUCUGUGGGUGAUGGAACAGACUCCUCUCCUCCUCAUCCUCCUCAGCUUGUGGGGCUGCAAUGGGCAACCCUCUGCCAGGCUGCUGGUGAUGCCACAGGAGCCAGUGGUGCAGUACAAGGGCUCGGUGCAGCUGAACUGCUCCCUGGCCUGUGCUGGGGGCACAGUGCAGUGGAAAGGGCUGGACACCAACCUGGGGAAUAUCACCUCCUCCCCCACACACAGCAUCCUGCACAUCAGCAGUGCUGUGGUCACAACAGCAGGCACCAAGAUCUGCCAGGGGAGCUGCCAGGGGCGGCACUACCAGCGCACGGUCGACCUGAAGGUCUACGCCCUCCCAGACAGGCUGGAGCUGGAGGCAGAGCCCCGUGCCCUGGAGCCUGGGCAGCCUGGCAGCCUGCGCUGCUCAGCCCGCAGCGUGUACCCGCUCAGGGGGCUGGAGCUCACCUGGUACAGAGGGGACCAAGCCCUGGAGGAGGCAGAUUUGGAUGUCACAGAGACUGAAGAGGAGCUUUUUGACAUCGUGUCAGUGCUGCCAGUGGCUGGGGAGGAGGUGGGAGAAGGGCUGGAGUUCAGGUGUGAGGUGACGCUGAGCCUCGGGCAGGAGACCUUCAGGCGGGUGGCGGCUGUGGCUGUGAGCACUGGGGCUGUGACAGAGGAGCUGGUGGCCUUGGCCACCUCCACGAGGAGCCCCCAGACAGUGGCAGCUACAAGAAGCCCCAGCACAGCCAGGCCUGCAGCCACCACAGAUGAUCCCACCACAGCCCUGACCACCACCCUGCAGGAGCCUGAUGCUGAGACCAUCCUGGAGCUGGCUGCUACCACCAACCCCCAUUCCACAGAGCACUCAGCUCCCCAGGACCUCACCAAAGGUAGUCCCACGGCACAAGCAGCCCCCACCACCCUCCCCAGCUCCAUCAGCACAAGCCCCAGAGCUGAGGUGCAGGAGACAAGCCUGGGCAGCAUCAGCUGGGGCUCACCUCCAGCAGAGAAGGGGAUAAAGCCAUCAGUGGGGACAGUGCCAUCAGUGGGGACAGUCCCUGCCUGCAGCCUGAGGAUCUGGUCACUGCCUCCCCAGGGGACACGGGGCAGGGCCCUGAGCAUCGAGUGCCAGGCUCAGUGCCCUGGCAAUGCCUCAGUGCUCUGGCUACAGACCCCUGUGGCCCUCUCACACUACCAGGAGAUGGUGUCAGGCAGCAGCUCCACGCUGUGGCUGGACCACGCUGAGCCCCAGCACCAGGGUCACUACCAGUGUGUCCUGCUUGGCCACAGCUCCCAGGUGGUCAGUCUGCAGCUGAUGGUGUUGGAUGGUUGGUUCAGCACAGGCACUGCUGUCACAGUGGGGACAACAGUCUCCCUGCUGGGCCUGAUCCUGACAGGCAUCGUGUCUCGUCGCCUCUGGAAACGAUUCAGAUCUCAGUACGAGCUGCCUUAGAAGCAGGAGCCACCUACAGAUGUCCAGAGCCCCCUGGUACAGCCCCCAGCACCCCCAGACCUCCAAGCUGCUGCUGCUGUGAAAGCUUCACCUAUGCCUGAGGCUGCUGCUGCACAGGAGGGACCCCUGAGGGGCUCUGUGGGGGCUCACUGGGGGAUGCUCAGAGGAGCUGUGUGUGAGGAGAGGCUGGGAGCUGCCUGUGGGACCCCUGAGAGGGGAAGGGCUGGAAAGGAGAGCAGCAGGGAUGUCACAGUGACCCUGGGGCUGGGUCACUGAGAGCUCGUGGGGGUCUGGCCCUCAGGGGCUCCCAGCACCUCUGUCACAGCAGAGGGGUCGAAGCAGCCCUGGGUGGGGGUGGGUGUACCCCCAGCAGGCACAG